GCGCAUGUUCCCCAGUUACAAAGUGAAGGUCACUGGGCUGAAUCCAAAAACAAAGUACAUACUGCUGAUGGACAUCGUGCCCGCGGAUGACCACAGAUACAAAUUCGCGGAUAAUAAAUGCCCCGCCUCCCCGGCCACUGGAGCCCACUGGAUGAGGCAACUGGUUUCCUUCCAGAAGCUCAAACUGACCAACAACCACCUCGACCCCUUCGGCCACAUCACCCAGUUAAAGAUUGAGAACAACCCCUUUGCGAAAGGUUUCCGCGGCAGCGACGACAUGGAGCUCCACAGGAUGUCCAGGAUGCAGAGUAAAGAGUACCCGGUUGUUCCCAGGAGCACAGUGAGACAAAAAGUGUCCUCGAAUCACAGCCCCUUCAGUGGUGAGACCAGGGUCCUUUCUGCCUCCUCCAACCUGGGCUCCCAGUACCAGUGCGAGAACGGGGUGUCGAGCACCUCCCAGGACCUGCUACCGCCUGCCAACCCCUACCCAAUCUCCCAGGAGCACAGCCAGAUCUACCACUGCACCAAGAGAAAAGAUGAGGAAUGUUCCACCACCGAGCAUCCCUACAAGAAGCCCUACAUGGAAACGUCUCCGGCAGAAGAGGAUCCUUUCUACAGGUCCAGUUACCCCCAGCAGCAGGGACUGAACACUUCAUACAGGACUGAAUCAGCCCAGCGCCAAGCAUGUAUGUAUGCCAGCUCCGCUCCCCCCACGGACCCCGUGCCCAGCCUGGAAGACAUCAGCUGUAACACGUGGCCAAGUGUGCCAUCCUACAGCAGUUGCACAGUGUCUGCCAUGCAGCCGAUGGACAGGUUACCCUACCAGCAUUUCUCUGCCCACUUCACCUCGGGGCCGCUGAUGCCCCGGCUCAGCAGCGUGGCCAACCACACCUCUCCCCAAAUAGGAGAUACCCAUAGCAUGUUUCAGCACCAAACCUCGGUUUCUCACCAACCCAUCGUCCGGCAGUGUGGACCUCAAACCGGCAUCCAGUCCCCCCCCAGCAGCUUACAGCCUGCAGAGUUCCUCUAUUCCCAUGGCGUGCCUCGAACCCUUUCGCCCCACCAGUACCACUCGGUCCACGGCGUGGGCAUGGUGCCAGAGUGGAGUGAGAACAGCUAACAAGGCGGUC